CCCAGGCUCAGGAUCUCCUGCCCACCGGGAGAGGCUCGUCCGAAGAGCCGAGGGACAGCGCACGGGAGUUUUUAUUUCCCGCUCCGGCAGACAUUCUUCUGCAUUUCUUAAGGGAGAAAACUCGCCAGAGAAGGGGGAUAGGAGGAAAGGCAGUAGAGGAGGGGGAGAAAGUUGAUUGACUUGCAGAGAGGUGAAGCUUUGCUGUGGCUCCCGCUGCACUUUGCACUGGAGACCUUCAGUCCGCGAGAAGCUGUAGGAUGGAGCCAGAGCCCCCGCCCGAGCUCACAGCAAUGCCCCUCGGGGAGAAUGGGAGUGUGCGCCUGGUGCCCGACACAGCCCUGCUGUCCCCGGGGAGAGGCACGGCCGUGUUCAUCAUCCGCUGCGUGAUCCCUUCGCUUUACCUGCUCAUCAUCACUGUCGGCUUGCUGGGCAACAUCACCCUCAUGAAGAUCUUCAUUUCCAACAGCGCCAUGAGAAGUGUGCCCAACAUCUUCAUCUCCAGCCUUGCUGCUGGUGAUCUACUCCUGCUAGUGACCUGUGUGCCCGUGGAUGCCUCCCGGUAUUUCUCUGAAGAGUGGCUCUUUGGAGAAGUGGGCUGCAAGCUCAUCCCUGUCAUCCAGCUGACCUCUGUUGGUGUCUCUGUCUUCACCCUCACUGCCCUCAGUGCUGACAGGUACAAAGCAAUUGUAAAUCCCAUGGACAUCCAGACCUCCAGUGCAGUGCUGUGGACUUGUCUCAAAGCCACUGCCAUCUGGAUAAUCUCCAUGCUCCUGGCAGUUCCUGAAGCAGUGUUCUCCGAACUGGCUCACAUCAAUGACACCGAUAAUGCCACCUUCACAGCAUGCAUACCAUACCCCAUGACGGACGACAUGCACCCAAAGAUCCAUUCUGUGCUGCUUUUCCUUGUGUAUUUCCUUGUCCCUCUUGUAAUUAUCAGUAUCUACUACUAUCAUAUUGCAAAGAGUUUAAUAAAAAGUGCUCACAACAUUCCUGGGGAACACAGUGAGCAUUCCAAAAGACAGAUGGAAACUCGGAAGCGUCUGGCAAAAAUUGUUUUAGUUUUUGUUGGCUUCUUUGCUAUCUGCUGGUUUCCUAACCACGUGCUAUACAUGUACAGAUCCUUUAAUUACAAUAAGAUUGAUCCAUCGAUGGGACAUAUGGUUGUUACCUUAGUGGCCCGAGUUCUAAGCUUCUGCAACUCUUGUGUCAACCCAUUUGCACUGUAUUUCCUCAGUGAGAGUUUUAGAAGACAUUUCAACAACCAGCUCUGCUGCAGGAAGAAAGCUCAGAAAGAGAGAUCUGCCAGCUACUUGUGCAACUCUUCUGCCAUUCAAAUGACUUCCCUGAAAAGCAAUACCAGGAACACAGUGACUACCAUGACACAACUGAAUGGGCACAACUUGAAACAAGAAAUGUCGUUAUGAUCUAAUGAGUGUGAUUUUUGACUGUGAAGCAAAUCUGAACUUUUCCUUUGCAGCUUUUGGGUGGAACUGCUGCAGCACAGAUCUGUCUCUGUCACAACACUGUAUCCUGUUCUUCUGCAGUGACUUCUCUAAGGUGAAUACUAGAGAGUACACUAGAAAUUUAGAUUGGACUUUGGAAUUAGUUGCUAGUCUUAUAAUUUCAAAAGCUGAAGUGCUAAUGCAGUGUAUCUGUUCAUUGUUCCCUUUGUCCUUAAUAAUACACUUGCACUUAUUUAGUUCUGUUUGUAACUCAGUGCAUCACCUGAAGUUCAAAAUUUCUUUUGCAAUUCCUCUUUUUUCAAGACUAGUUAUAUCCCUACCCAAAUUUCUAAAGCAAUGAGAACUUAUAUUGAUGUAAACUGUAAGUGUUCUAGCUAAUUAUCUAGGAAAAAAAU